ACCUGUCUGUCAUUGGGAAGAGGAGGGGCUGAGCUUUGGUGCGUGGGGAUGUCCCUCCUCCUCUCCCUUCCAAGAAGAAUCAGACCUGGAUCCCCUUCGCGUUUGCCCCCCCCAAAUUCGCUUUCGGUUUCUCCACGCCGCCAGUGGGAGGGAGUCCCUGACGAAGGCCAACUCGACGUGGCUGAAAUGUGUUGGGCUUGUUUCCUUUCAAUAAACAGAUUUGGAAUACUUUUACAAGCUGUCUCCAAGAAUUCUUGCAACGGACAGGUCCCUGUCCUGCCUCCCCAAUUCCACUGGGUCUUUAGAUGUGCUCUGCACACUUCUGGAGUUCAGUCUGAUGUCACAGACAAGACACCACCUUUGGGGCAGCACUGAUGCUUGCCCUGUUUCCCAAGAUGCUUUUAAGAGCCGUGCUUGGUCUAGUCGUCCUCCUGGGAGUCUCUACCUCCAAGGCCAAAGAGUCGCGCGGCCAUAUCUCCGUGGUCCUUUUGGGUGCCACAGGGGACCUCGCCAAGAAGUACUUAUGGCAAGGCGUCUUUCAGCUUUACCUGGACGAAGUGAGUCACGGACACACCUUCACCUUCCACGGGGCUGCUCAGACAGAACCUGAGCGAGGGAAGAAGCUGGUCUUUGGCCGGCUGAAGAAACUGGCGUGCCCGUCUGACGUACUUCCGGACAGGUGUGCUGUGCUGAAGGACCAGUUCCUACGGCUGACGGAAUAUCGCCAGCUCCGGACAGCAGAGGACUAUGCCUCCCUGAGCCGGGAGAUUACGAUCCUGCUCAGUCAGGAGGGUUUGGAAGAAGCGGGUAGGAUCUUCUACCUCUCUGUGCCUCCUUUUGCCUACGCGGAGAUUGCCCGCCACAUUAACAGUAGUUGCAGGCCGCGCCCUGGCGCAUGGUUACGGGUGGUGCUGGAGAAGCCGUUUGGCCACGAUCUCCGGUCUGCUCAGCAGUUGGCCAAUGAGCUGAGUACCUUUUUCCAAGAAGAGGAGAUCUACAGGGUGGACCACUAUCUUGGAAAGCAGGCUGUGGCCCAUAUCCUACCCUUCCGAGACCAGAACCGACACAAUUUGGACCCGAUUUGGAACAGGCACCACAUCGAAAGAGUGGAAAUUGUCUUGAAGGAGAUGGUAGAUGUGAGAAACCGCACUGGCUUCUAUGAAGAGUAUGGGGUCAUCCGUGACAUCCACCAAAACCACCUCACCGAAAUCUUAAUGUUACUUGCCAUGGAACUCCCGGCAAACAUCAGCAGCUCCGAAGAUGUCAUCCGGAGUAAGCUUCAAGCGUUUGCGGCAUUGCAGAGCCCAGAGAUAACCAGCGCUGUCAUUGGCCAGUACGAGGCGUACAACAGCCAUGUGAGGGAGGAGCUUCAGAAGGGGCAGGACUAUUUCAGCAGGACUCCAACCUUCGCAGGUGUGCUGGUUCAGCUGGACAACCUCCGCUGGGAAGGGGUCCCUUUUAUCCUUGCCUCCGGGAAAGUCCUGGAUGAACGGAUCGGCUACGUCCGCAUCCUGUUCAAGAACCGGGCCUACUGCGCCCAGAACGAAAGCGCCUGGGACUCCGAGCGCAGCCAGUGUAAGCUCAAGCAGGUCAUCUUCUACCUUGGGCAUGGAGAGUUGAAUUCCCCCGCCGUCCUCAUCAGCCGCAACCUCUUCAAGCCUGCCAUGCUGGGCGGCAGCUGGACAGAAGUCCAGGACCAUCCUGGGCUGCACCUCUUUGGACAACCCCUCUCUGAUUACUACAUGUACGUCCCCGUAGCUGAAAGGGAUGCCUAUUCCGUCCUGAUCUCCCGGAUCUAUCAUGGCAAGAAAGUGUCCUUCAUCACCAUGGAGAAUCUGCUGGCUUCUUGGGGUUUUUGGACGCCGUUGCUAGACAGCUUGGCUGGUGAGGCCCCCCGUUUGUACCCAGGGGGCCAGGAGAACAAGCACCUCCUGGAUUUUGAGAUGGUGGGCAGGGAAGUGUCCUUCGUGGUGAAAGAGACCGUGCAGGUGAUGAAUGCUUGGGAUGAACAAACGCCAGACAAAUACAAGACUAUCCAAUCCAGAUAUCGACAAAGCCAGCUCAUUACCGCUUGGCCAGAGGAACUGAUCAGCCGGCUGGCAUCAGACAUAGAAGCAGCAGCUAUGAGUGCUAUCGGGUGUUCCGGGGAGUUCCACUUGGCACUCUCGGGUGGGUCAAGUCCCCUGGCUCUUUUCCGGCAGCUGGCUGUGUAUCACUAUGGUUUCCCUUGGAGGCAGACCCACUUGUGGCUGGUGGACGAGCGCUGCGUCCCUCUCACUGACCCAGAGUCCAAUUUUGGCAAACUGCACGACCGACUUCUCCAUCACAUCCGGGUCCCCUACUUCAAUGUCCACCCUAUGCCUGUGCACCUCAACCGGAGGCUCUGCGUGGAGGAGGACAAGGGCCCAGAGCUGUACGCCAAUGAGAUCGCUGCCUUGGUGGCCAACGCCAGCUUUGACCUGGUGCUGCUCGGGGUGGGCAUUGAUGGGCACACAGCUUCACUCUUCCCGCACUCACCCGUUGGCCUUGAGGGGAGCCAGGACGUCGUGUUCACAGAGAGCCCUGUCAAGCCGCAUCAGCGCAUGACCUUCACCUUGCCUCUCAUCAACAGAGCCAAACAGGUGGCGGUGUUGGUGAUGGGGAAGGGCAAACAUGACAUUGUGACAGUGGUCAGCAGGGUGGGGCAUGAACCUCAAAAGUGGCCAGUUUCUGGGGUCAAUCCCAGCUCUGGGCAGAUAGCGUGGUACGUGGACUACGAAGCGUUACUCGGAUGAUUCUUCCCUAGUGAUGGCUUCUCCUCCUCUGUCCGUCUUGGCAAUCAGGAUCUCAGGCAGCUAUUGCAGCUGCUUCUGUCCCCAAAAAUUCUUCUGUCUGGUGCUGGGGAGUUCCACUGGCUGUUAAUAACAAGAAUGUAAAUAAUUAUUUUUUAAAAAAAAGCUCUGUCAGACUUGACCUCCCCAUCACCCAGGAAACUUACCAGCAGGAUGGGAAAGCAAUGAGCCCUUGUUUUAUAUCUCUAGCGUGUUACACUGCCGCUACUCAUGGAGGAUCCGUUUAUCAUGGCUAAUAGCCUUUGAUAGACCUAUUCUCCCCUAUGGGAUUUGUCUGAUUAUUUUUUUAUUUUAUUUUUUAAAGCUGACAACCUUUACUGCUGUGAGCGCCACUACUUAACGAUUGGGACUUUUGUGCUCAUGACUGACGACUUUCAGUGCCACAGGAUAUUUGCCAGAUCUUCUGCCCGCUCAAGUGUCUUCACCUCACUUUCCCCUCUCCUCUAGAGGAAAGUCUGUGCGUGCUACAAACGACCCACCUCGCACGAAUAUCCUAGAACAUCCUGUCUAGACGAUUUGUCUUUGUUUAAAUAGUCCUUUGAGGAAAGGCUUGGAAAUUUGCAAAUCAUGGCUCCUGGUAAAUGGCCCCAGGGUCAUAUAAUCUAUAUUUUACACACACACUGCACUGGAAUACACACACACAUACACAACAACAAUUUAUAUUCUGAAUAAACCACGCAAAGUGAGCAGAUACGCAAAGGCAUGCACUCCUUUUGCAAUAUAUACUUGGGAGGACAUUCUGCUGGGUUAAGUGGGGCUUACUCCUAAAAAUGUUGGGCUGCAGUCUGAGCCAGUGAGGAGGAAGGCUUUCCUGGGUCUAAUGAUUUCAUCAUCCUUAGAUGAGCCUUGCCCCACAUUGGAUUAGGCUCUUAGCAUGGGGAAUUUUCUCUUUUUGGGGGUCAAAGCCAGUUCCCAACAUUGGAUUGGAACAGCAGAAAAGGUGGAGAGAGAGAGAGAGAGACUAGAUUUUGCCACAAGGUGGCGCUGUUGCACAGGUUUUCAGUGGUCCUUGUUAAGAGUUUAUUUUAAACAAGGCCUUCCCGCCUCCCCGCCCCAAAAAUACAUUUGUGGCUUUCAAAGUCUGUUUUGCGUUUCUUAGGCACUGCUCCUUAGAGAUUCCUUGAUGGGCAGAUCAGUAACGAAGGGGAAGAGCACCUGCCGCUACUGAUCAGUCCAUAAAAUGUGAUGCAGGUUGCAGUAUGAACAUAGGUUGCGCAUCCACACGAUGCAUUUAAAGCACAUUUAAAGCACUUGGCUUCCCUCAAAGGAUCCUGGGAGCUGUAGUUUAACUCUUCACAGAGCUGUAUUUCCCAGCACCCCUAACAAACUACCAUUCCCAGGACUCUUUGUGGGAAACUUUGUGCUUUAAAGGUAUGGUAUGGAUGUGACCUGAGUUUCAUAGACUGGAGCUGGGAGGAAGAGCCUGCAGCCCUCCAGGUGUUGCUAGACUACAUCUCCCAUCAUCCCUCCUGACUACUGUCCAUGCUGGCUGGGGCUGGUGGGAGUUAGAGUUGAACAACAGCUGGAAGGUGCCAUGUUGGGGAAGGCUGUUUUUAGGGUGUAUAAAAAUAAACAUUACUCACCCUCAGUGGAGCCCACACUCUGUACAUUUCUGCAGGAGUCUCUGGUUGAAACAAGGCACGCCCAGAGCAGCAGCUUGUCCAGAGGUGCAACAGGCAGCCUCCCCUGUACUCCAUCUCUGCACUGGCAGCAGUGAAAUGAAGUAAUCUCACCUCGUGGCAGAAGUACCUGGUUCUGUGGGAGGCUGGCUGGCUGGCUGGCUUUUCCUCCUUCCAGGGCAGUAUAUCAUACAGAGAUGCAGCAGGCAACCUCCUCUGUAGGUGGAUGUUGUGGGAAUCGCUCUUUAAUUGAUUUCACUCUCACAGCACAGAGUUUGGGGAUUACUGCUGUAGUAUAAAAGAUGUGCCUUUUAUAAAUACUGCCACAUUCUGCAGGGACUUAGAGAUACGUUCUUCCGAUUUCCUGCCACAGGCCAGCAGUGGCUUUUUGAAUACUGUUGAUGUAGUUAGACGGGAGGAAAAUGCCCUCCACAUUUGCUCAGAGGAAUCAGUGUUUAGUUUUGUUAUGUCUGUUUAAAAAAAGAAAUUAAAGUGAACACUGGAAAUAAAGUUUUUUUAAUUUUCAUAA